AUGUCCCAAUGUCUCAUUUUGAAAGGGCAUAGAACGGUUCAGCGACAUCCAUUCCAGGUUUUUUUCGAUGUCAAGGCUGACAAGCUAGUAAGUUAUAUAAUUUAUGCUAGAUACAUUACAUAAUUUAUGCCGAGAUUUGUGCACAUGCAGGCGCACACGACUUAGUCUCACGUGAUCCGUUGAUGAAAGCGUGGCAUACAAUCAACUUUCCCUUAGAAUUUCUCUUUUGUGUCAUUUUAAUCUUUGUUGUGGUUGGAUGUUUAAAAAAAUCUUGUUUCACGCUGAAAAUUGGUCCAGUUUCCCAAUGUGUCACCAUUCAGAUGCUUUAGUUCACGUGCGUCGAUCUUUGUGCUCACGUGAUCUGUUAAUUCUCUGCGCAUAAAAAUGCAUGGAAGCUCUUUACGAUCAAGCGUUCUUCGCUUGAGCUUAACGACAUCUUUACUCUAGAGGCGUUAAUUGAAAAUUUCUUUGGCUUCUUCAUGGUGAACAAGAAACGAGUAACAUUCGCCGAUAUAUUAGGAUUCUCACUGGUGUCUGUGGUCGAAAUUUAUCCUGAAAACUGGUUUCCUGACAGAAUAUCUGAAAAGCACAGAUCUCAAGCUAAAAGUGACCGUAAUUAUCGACGAAGCCAACUGAAAUGCUUGUUUGACCAACCAGUGAACACUGAGGACUUCCAAAGAAGAGUGAAGCGAGAGCAUGUUUGUCUGGAAAAUGUAGUCUGUGACAAAAAUGUUAUCCGAGGAUUUGUACGUGUGUUGAACGUCGCUUACGCGAAAGAGGUUUUUGUACGUUACACGAUGGACGGAUGGAAAACCUUCAGAGAACAGAGCGCCUACUAUUUGUCGACCUCAAAAGACGUAACUACCGAUACAUUCUUUUUUGGCGUAUCUCUGCCCUCAGACUGGCAAGAUGCAAGCACAGUGGAGUUCGCUGUUUGCUACCGUGUUAGCGGACAGGAGUACUGGGACAAUAAUUAUAAGAGAAAUUACUCUAUACGGCUUGGGUUCAAAUGA